AUGUUACGACUUGUACCGAGAUGCUUCUUUCGGCUCAAAGCCGCCAAAUCCCCAUUCGUGAUUAAGCCACGGACAUUUCGGGCAUUCGCUUCAGUUAAAGCUUCAACUUCAACUUCAACAAUUGCUCGUGAGCCGCCUAAAUUACAACUCCGAGAUUACCAGGAAGAAUGUAUUGAUUCGGUCUUGAACUCUUUGCAAAAUGGGCAGAAAAGAGUAGGCGUGUCCCUCGCUACCGGAAGUGGGAAAACAGUCAUUUUCACUCAACUCAUCGAGAGAAUUCCACCACCAAGCGAGAAUGCGCAGCAGACACUAAUCUUGGCUCAUCGUCGUGAGCUUGUGGAGCAAGCAGCGAACCAUUGCCAGCGCCAGUAUCCAAAUAAGAAGAUCGAGAUUGAGAUGGGGAAUGUCCACGCAACGGGGACAGCAGAUAUCACAGUCGCUAGCGUACAGAGUAUAACGUCACAAGGUCGUCUUAAAAAGUUCGACCCGUCUCGUUUCAAGCUUUUACUGGUGGACGAAGCCCAUCACAUCGUUGCUCCAGGUUACCUCAAGACCCUACGCCACUUUGGACUCGAUCAGAAGCGACCAGAGUCCCCAAAUCUGGUCGGUGUCUCUGCUACCUUCUCGCGUUUUGAUGGAGUCAAGCUCGGUGCAGCUAUCGAUGAGAUCGUCUACCACAGAGACUACGUGGACAUGAUAUCGAAAAAGUGGCUGUCAGAUGUCAUGUUUACCACCGUCGAGACCAAAGCAAACCUAUCAGGAAUCAAGAAGGGCGCAUUUGGCGACUAUCUUCCCGGAGAGCUCUCAAAGGUCGUCAACACUAGCGAGAUCAAUGAUAUUACAGUGCGCAGCUGGAUGGCCAAGGCCGAAGGAAGAGAGUCGACUCUGGUGUUUUGUGUUGAUGUUGCUCAUGUUGUUGAGCUGACAGAUCGUUUUCGACAACAUGGCUUCGAUGCAAGAUACGUGACCGGAGAAACACCAAAAGUUGAAAGAGGCCAAACACUGGAUUCUUUCCGGAAGGGCGAGUUUCCAGUAUUAGUCAACUGUGGUGUCUUCACUGAAGGAACUGACAUUCCCAACAUUGACUGCGUCAUUCUUGGAAGGCCGACAAGAUCUCGCAAUCUCCUCGUUCAGAUGAUCGGUAGAGGAAUGAGAUUACAUCCAGGGAAGAAAAACUGCCACAUCAUUGAUCUAGUCUCAAGUUUGGAUACUGGAAUCGUGACUACGCCUACAUUGUUUGGUCUUGAUCCGAAUGUUCUGGUGGAGAGGGCAACAGUGAGCGACCUGCGCAAGAUCAAAGAAACGGGCCAAGUCAACAGCGAACAGCCUUUGUCGUACCAUACAACUCCCGGGCCCGGAUCUGGCAGUGUCACAUUCACAGAUUAUGACUCGGUCCUGGAUCUCAUCGCCGAUACAUCUGGCGAGAAGCACAUUCGCGCCAUCAGUAAAUACGCCUGGGUUCAAGUACAAGGAGACAAGUUUAUUCUCUCAGCACCAGAUGGUUCUUACGUCCGUAUAGAAAGAGUACCCGAAAGGUCCAACGAUUCGGCACCUGUUUACCGAGCAGUCGAGGUGCGAGCGCUACUAAACGGUGCCAAAGCACCAUACGCAAUGCCAAAGGAGAUUCUCACUGCAUCUACGUUCACCGAUGCAGUGCACGGGGCAGACAGUUUCGCAGCCAAGGCGUUCCCCCACACCUUUAUUCACCGUUACCAGCGCUGGCGGUCAGCUCGACCUACACAAGGACAGGUCGACUUCAUUAACAGAAUGCGCGGCAAGGCAGAGCCUUUAACAAUUGAGGAUUUGAACAAAGGCAAGGCUGCGGACAUGAUCACAAAGCUCAAGCACGGCGCGCGUGGACAGUUUGCGAGAAUAGAGGCAGGACAGAGAAAACAGGAUAAGCAGAACAAGAUGGCAGAGGCUAAACGCCUCCGAGAGCAUGUCACAGUAGGACCUGUGGCAGCUUAA